UAGAAAAUUUAGAAUCAGAAGUGGAAAUGUUUUUAUUUACCUACUUCGAACCUUUCAAUUUCAGUUUAUUAAUAGUUCACAGUUGGUUUUCUUUCGUCGUUUUCGAUUUACGAUGCCGACUUAUCGUUGCAUAAAAUGCGAGGAACCUGCAGAUUCAUUGUUCAUCCAUUACAGUCCGGGAGUAACGAAACUCCAGUCCUGUCACCGCUGCAAGGAAUACGUAGAUGAUUAUGUGGAAUAUGAUAAUUUAUCCGUAUUUUUGGACAUCCUCUUGCAAAAACGACCCGCGUACCGACAUGUUAUCUUCAACAGUGGAUUACUGCUGCUGUGGAAGUUUGUCCUCGUGGUGGUGAUGGCUGAUGGCUAUGUGCACUGGAUUUCCUGGCGUUCCAGGGAUAUGGAAGAAUCCAGUGCGCUUUCCGUAGAUCUCCUCGAGUGGGAAUUCCAUAAGCGGCUUCUUGUAUCAUUUGCAGCAAACGCUGUGUACCUUCUGUCCGCUACAGCAAUUGGCAUAAUCCGACAGCACCGUAUUUCAAAAGAUCGAUGUGUCCCGUCUGCUCCGCAAUCCGUCUUUUUAACCGGCAUGAUGAUCUCUUUGUAUCCGGUCUUUCUGCGUCUUCCGGCCAUUAUUUGGAUGUCUCAAAGUCAGCCGCAGUAUAUCUGGUGGGGAUGUCUGCUGCUGCAAUGGAUUGCUGGCAGUCAAGUGUACCGAAUUUUGACCAGAGUGCGGAUUUGGGAAUCCUUGCUUACAGUGGGCAUUCUACAGAUUCUUUUGCUUGGUGUCCAGCCAUCUUUGGUAGAUCUGUUGUUUGGUUAGCUUGCUCGCUUAGAUGACGUUUUUGAUCGUUUGCUUUGCGUAUUACACUAUAAAUGAUGGUGAUCAUCAUUGUUGUACAAAAAUCAAAAAGUGGUCUGAAUUGCAUAGAAUUGGAUUUUCGCUAGUUGUGAUACCAGUUUUAAUGGUGGUAAUGUAUGGUUGACGAGCUUUUCGACCUGCUCGUGUUUUCAGAAUCAGUUUUAAUAAAAACAU